AGCAAAAGACAUCUCACUCUCCUCACCCCAAAUUAGGAUAUGGCAGGUGCUAAAAUUUAGCACAUCCAAACACUACAUGUGAAAAAAUGGAGUUUGAUUUCCACUCCACCACCCCCGGAAGAAAAAAACUGUCCAAUCGAAUCAAAGAGAGAAAAAAAAUCCUAAACCCUAGCAUCUCCCAUGGACGACAGCGAUGGCGGACUGAGCUUCGAUUUCGAGGGCGGCCUCGACUCUGCCCCAGCUUCUGGGGGCGGGGGCCCCGUGCCGUCCUCCACCGACCCCGGCGCGGGUGUCGGGGGAGGCGGCGACGGGCUGGGUAUGCACGGGCGCGGCCGAGGUCGCGGGAGCUACCGCCAAACGGUGUGCCGGCACUGGCUUCGCGGCCUCUGCAUGAAGGGCGAGGCCUGCGGAUUCCUGCACCAGUUCGACAAGGCCCGCAUGCCCGUCUGCCGCUUCUUCCGCGACUUCGGCGAGUGCCGCGAGCCCGACUGCGCGUACAAGCACUCGUACGACGACGUCAAGGAGUGCAACAUGUACAAGAUGGGUUUUUGUCCCAAUGGUCCUAAUUGCCGGUAUAAGCAUAUCAAGCUCCCUGGGCCACCGCCUUCUGUUGAGGAAGUUCUUCAGAAGAUUUUGCAGAUGCGCUCUUUUAACAGAUACAGUCAGAAUAGAAAUAAUAAUUAUAAUCAUCAAGGGGAGAGACCUCAACAUCCACAAGGUUCUGGGUUGCCUAACCAAAACUCGGCAGAAAAUGCCACUGCCGUGGAUCCACCAGCUGGUGGACAACAAGCACAAACGCUGAAUCAACAACCACCACAGCAGCAGCAGAAGCCAAAUACAAAUGAUCAGGCCCAAGGUGUUUCAAAUGGUCAUCAAGCCACUAGAAUCGCCACACCCCUUCCACAAGGACCAUCUAGGUACUUCAUUGUUAAAAGUUGCAAUCGGGAGAAUCUGGAAAUAUCAGUUCAGCAAGGAAUUUGGGCUACACAGAGGAGUAACGAGGCUAAACUCAAUGAAGCUUUUGAAUCCACUGAGAAUGUUAUUUUGAUAUUCUCAAUUAAUAGAACUCGCAAUUUCCAGGGGUGUGCAAAGAUGACUUCUAGGAUUGGUGGCUACAUUGGUGGUGGAAAUUGGAAAUCUGCUCAUGGAACAGCACAUUUUGGUCGGAACUUCUCUAUGCAGUGGCUUAAGCUUUGUGAGUUGUCAUUUCAGAAAACCCAUCAUCUCCGCAAUCCAUAUAAUGAUAACCUCCCUGUUAAGAUCAGCAGAGAUUGCCAGGAACUCGAACCUUUCAUCGGUGAGCAGUUGGCUUCUCUGCUCUACCUGGAGCCAGACAGUGAACUUACGGCUAUGCUAAUCGCAGCAGAGGCCAAGCGAGAGGAGGAAAAAGCAAAAGGAGUCAGUGCCGACGAGGCAGCUGAUAAUCAAGAUAUUGUGCUGUUCGACGAUAAUGAAGAAGACGAGGAAGAGGAAAGCGAGGAGGAGGAAGAAGGCGCCGGCCGAGAGCCUCAAGGGAGGGGAGGAAGAGGAGGGAGGGGGAUGAUGUGGCCGCAUCAAAUGCCGAUGAUGCGUGGGCCGAUGAUGGCAGGCCGUGGCUUCCCUCCCAACAUGAUGGGUUUCGGCGGUGGCUUCGGCUUGCCAGACCCAUUCGGCAUGCCACGUGGCUUCCCGCCCUUCGUUGGGCCAAGGUUCCCUGGAGACUUCGCCAGAGGCCCUAUGCCCGGGAUGGGGUUCCCUGGCAGGCCCCCGCAGCCCUUCCCUCUGGGCCUCGACAUGAUGAUGGGCCCUGGGCGUGGUCCGCUGAUGGGAAUGGGCGGGCCUGGGCCUGGACGGCCUGGUCGCCCCAUGGGCAUGGCGCCCUUCAUGCCCCCGCUGCCACCACCGAGUAACCGUGCUGCUGUGAAGCGGGAGCAGCAGCGAAGGCCAGCGGGUGGUGGUGACCGUGGCGGGGACAGGUUCGAGACAGUGUCUGAGCAGGGCGGCAGGGGCCAUGACAACACUGGAAACUCUGGUGCAGAUGGAGCCAGACCCCAGCCUGGAGACAGGUCUGGUAGAAGCGCCCUUCAGGACGACGGCAGCGAGAGCGAAGAGGAGACGGCUCCCAGACGAUCAAGGAAACGAUAGAGGGAUUCUGAGAUUCUAUUCAUACUGGACAUGGUGAAAACAGAUCAUCUCUUAUUUUGUAAACUGAGAUUAGAACUAAGGUAGUGAGAGAGAAAAAAUGUGGUGGGCAGUGACAUUGUUAGUUGAAAAUUUUGCUGUGUAAGCACAUUGUGGUAGAAUAAAAUCUGGCACUGGCAUGAACUAUCUCUUCAGCCGUGCCAGUUCUUGUGCCGUGCUUAACAUCACAGCGAUGUACACAAGUAUACGGUUUAGGGUCUUACAUUGUGGGGUUUAACAUGUGAAUACACAUAUCAUCAAAAUACGCUCAGCCUGUAGUAUACGGUACAUUUCUUUCUACUCUUAUUAUUAUAUAUAUAGUCGCAUAUGUUAUUUGAA